AUGGGCGUCGCAAAGGGCGACUAUAUUCUAGUUCCAAACGACGAUCAUCAGCCCAUAGCACCUUCCAAAAGGAAUCAUCAAACCAUCACACUGACGGUGCUAACAGCUCUAGCCCUUUUGGGGGUUCUCAUCGUCGUCAACUGCAAUACACAUCGAUAUGAUUUAUUCAUCCUCGACCUUAUCAACCACAGAAAGGAAUCUACCUAUGCCAUCGGCGUUGGCAAAUACGACGCAACAGGUCCUAUCGCAGGCGUGAAUAUGAUGGGUUAUGCUCAAACAAACCAGACUACUCAUGGCAUACAUCAACGGCUAUACGCUCGAGCAUUCAUCAUCUAUGACACUGUAUCGAAUAGACGUGUCGCCAUCGUCAACUUGGACGCUGGCAUGUCGGGAGCUGGUGUCAAACGUAUGGCCGUUGCUCGCUUACAAGAAGAGUAUGGUGACGUGUAUCGUGAUGAUAACGUCAUGAUUUCUGGAACGCAUACUCACUCCGGACCUGCUGGCUUCCUUCAAUACGUCUUGUAUCAAAUCACUUCGCUGGGAGUAGUGGAUCAAACUCUGCAUGCUAUGGUUGACGGAAUCGUCGGUGCAAUAGCGCGUGCUCAUGAAAAUCUGGAGCCCGGCACCAUCAGAGUAGCUUUUGGUCAUGUUUACAAUGCUAGCAUCAAUAGGAGUCCAGCUGCUUAUGACAACAAUCCAGAAGCAGAACGUGCAUUGUAUGCCUCCCGAGUAGACACAGACAUGACUCUCCUUCGCUUCGACUCGAUAUCUGGCACUCCAUUAGGAAUACUUACUUGGUUUGCUGUUCAUUGCACUAGCAUGAACAACACUAAUGAGCUCGUUAGUGGAGAUAAUAAGGGUUAUGCUGCGUACUUGAUGGAACGUGAAAUGGGGAAUGGAUUUGUAGCUGGAUUUAUGCAAAGUAAUAUGGGUGAUGUGUCUCCUAAUACUGAAGGACCCAAGUGUUUGGAUACAGGAUUGGAAUGUGACUCAGUUUCUUCUACGUGCGAUGGACGCAAUGAGAUGUGUGUUGCGCGAGGACCUGGUUGGAGGAUUGGAGACUUUGAGUCCACUCGAAUCAUUGGUGACUUGCAAUAUCGUGCAGCUCAUGAACUCUUCCAUAAUACUUCGAUAUCUGUGCAUGGAGCAGUCGAAUCCAGACUCAAAUACAUAGACAUGACAUCCGUCUCGCUAGAAGUAGACGGUCAACAAGUCAAAACAUGUAAAGCCGCCAUGGGCUUCAGUUUUGCAGCCGGAACUACAGAUGGUACAGGAGCCUUCAAUUUCAUACAAGGAGAUAACGGCACAAUAUCACACCCGUUUUGGAAUGUCGUUAAAGGAUUUGUCACGAAAAAGCCAAGUCAAGAACAAGUUGACUGUCAUGCUCCCAAACCUAUAUUGCUUGAUACUGGUGAAUCGACUCGGCCUUAUGCAUGGCAGCCGUCUAUUGUUGAUGUACAGGUGUUUAAGGUUGGGAAUGUCGUAUUGUUGGGAGUGCCUGCUGAGUUCACGACCAUGGCUGGAAGGAGGGCACGACAGUCUGUAAAAGAUACAUUAAAUACUCAUGGUGUAUUGAGUGAGGAUGGUGUGGUCAUAUUGACUGGUCCAGCUGGUAGUUACUCAAGUUAUGUGACGACGUUUGAGGAAUAUCAAGUACAACGCUAUGAAGGAGCUUCUACCAUAUUUGGCCCUCAUACACUGUCGGCAUAUAUUCAUCAUCUGAAUGAAAUGGCAACAUCACUAGUGCCUGGUAGUCCUCUUCUAGACAAGGGCCUUCCCGUCCCAGAUUUGAUUGCAGAAGCUAUUCGGCUUCAACCUGGAGUCGUGUAUGAUGGUGCACCCAUCGGUGUCCAAUUCGGAGAUGUCAAGCAAGACAUAUCUCCCAGUUCAAGAAAGAUUGUAGCUGGUGUUGGAGGUCAUCAUGGUCGUGGUGUGACUGUUUCGGCAGUGUUUUGGGCUGGUCAUCCGAGAAAUGAUUUGAUGACUGAAGGAACAUACUUGACUGUCGAUCGUCUUGAAAAAGAUGACCGAUGGUCAAUGUAUAGGACAGAUAAUGAUUGGGAUACCCGCUUGAAAUGGGAGCAAACUGGUGCGUCUGUGCUUGGAUGGAAUCUAGCUACUGUGACGUGGGAUGUUGGAUCUGAUGUUGAAGUCGGAACAUAUCGAUUACAUUACUAUGGCUUCCACAAGCAAUUUGGUUCUGGAAAGAUACUACCUCAUGAAGGGAUCAGUUCCGCUUUUGAAGUGGUGCCCAAUCUGUAA